GUUCGACGCGCUUUUCCGUGACCGACAAUUAUUACAUUAUAACAUCGUCAUGACUGUGACGAAUCGCCUUUAAGCAUGUAACGAGUGGCAUUUAUUAGAAGGAAUUGCGAUUUGAAGUGUGCACGUCGAAAAGUUACAGAAACGGUCAGAAUGAAUGUAAGUGCAGAUUUUGAUAAUGUGACCGAUGUGGAGGAUCUUGGAAAUAGUAUGGUAAAGGUGGAUUAUCCUCUAACCAUACUGUAUGUGAUUGUGUUUGUAUGGGCAUUGGUGUCAAACAUUUUGGUCAUAAUAAUCGUCUGGAAGUAUGAGUAUAUGAGGAACGUGACCAACUAUUUUCUGGUGAACUUAUCGGUGGCUGAUCUUCUGGUGACAUUGGUAUGCAUGCCCAACGCGGUGUACAGAGCGUACACGUUUUUGUACAGCUUCGGGAAACUUUGGUGUAAAAUAUCUGCGUACUUAGAAUGUAUAUCAGUUGCUUCAAGUAUAUUCACGAUAACAGCGAUGGCUAUUGAUCGUUACCUUGCUAUAACAAGACCUUUUGGUUUCUUCCAUCGCUCCUUCAACAAAACCACCACCAUAGUAGUCAUCGUUUUAAUAUGGUUCUCGUCCAUGGCACUAUUUUACCCAUUCAUCGACAUGGUUGUUUACGAGUCAAUAGAAAUACCCAACAUCACUUACGUCACUUACACCAUUUGCGUCGAAGCUGAGAACAGUCCGCACAAACAAACAAUGGGCAUCAUAUGGUUUGUGUUUAUGUUUGUCAUCCCAGGUCUUAUAAUGACUUUCGCAUAUUCAAUGAUGGGAAGGACUUUAUGCUCAGUCACACCCCUAUUCGACAACAAUGAAAGCAUGUCAAGUACCCAACAGAGGAAUCGUGUAAUAAGAGGACGCAAACGGGUUGCCAUAAUACUGUUACUGCUCGCCUUCGUUUUUACUUUGUGCUGGCUGCCCAUUCACAUAAUCAACCUGCUGGAGGACAUCGGUGAAUUGAAACGCAAUUCGCUCAGCACGAAGACGGCAAAGAAGUACCUAUUGCUGUUGGGACACGCGAACUCGGCCCUAAAUCCAGUCAUUUACUGCGCGCUGUCCAGAAAAUUUAGGGACUCCAUCAAAGACCUGUGCCUCGUCAAGAUCAACUUCAGGAGGCGGCGGCCGUUGAUGCACGUCGACAGUUCUGGAUCGGCCACUCAACUCCACUACUUAACCAGGCUCAAGUCGGUGCCGACAGUGAACAACCAGUUCCACUUUGGGAUAACCCGCAUGCAGUCCAGCCAGAAGACUACGAAGACGUGUGCCGUCUGAGGACGGCUGACAAUGAGACGGGCGGGACCGAGGGGCCGAUGUGGCAGAUCCCCCGCGGUCGAUUUUGCAUGGACGCCGACUUGAAAGACACAAUCGGAUAGUCGGACAAAUGAUUUGCACUGUCUUGUGGGUAAUAUCGAUAUUAAAAUUGAUUUAUAAACAUUAAAAUAAUCUAGUAAGUUUGUGUGGCCAAAAUUAGUUUGGCGUUAAAUAAUCCGGUAUACAGGGUG